GGGAGUGGAGAGGUAAACACUUUAGACUGCUUUAGAACACAGUGAGAGCUGCUGCAUCCAGAGGUGAUCUCAGGAGGCCACAACCCCAGCGCCUUUGCAGGAAGCGCAUACAGCUGAAAAUGGCACGAGUUCGACAACCCUCGCUGUCUCUGAUCCACACAGGAAUCCUCUUAGCCAUUGUUCUGCUCCCAGAGUUCCUGGGGGCCGUGCCAGUGGAGCAGCACAAGGAGGAAGAAGUGACUUCAGUGUCUGAUGAUGUGAAAGCUGACGCCAUGGCCAACCUGAAGAGACUUGUUCGUAACAGAAGGAACGUCCCCGUCCUGGCUGUGCCACAGUUCAAACGCCUGCCUGACUUCUGGGGAUGGUAUAAGCACUUCAUGGACUCCCACAACCAGGAGGGAGUUGAGGAUCUUGAUCGUCUGUACAUGGCCUACCUGCAGAACAAGCACAGGUCAGAGGAGGGGCCGACCUUCAACCACUACCUCACACACCUCAGCGAAAUCUACAAGACCUGCGCCGAUUCUGAUGACCCAGAAUGCAUUUCAGAGUCCACCAGUAAGCCUAAGGCUUCAAUGGUGAUGCCCUCCUCCAUCAAGUCUGCUGCGGUCAGGCUGUGCAACCCCUAUGUCGACCCCUACUGCCUCUUUCCCCUUGUCUCAAAGGGUGCAGCCCCAGAGCCUGUGCCAGCUGCAUCCAAGGUUCCAGCUCCCGUCCUCACUCCCAUGCUGCCAAUGCCCCUGAAGAGCCCGACUGGCUUCUACCACUAUGCCCCUGUCCUGGAGCCCUUCCUGGGCUCUGACCAGAGAGCAGAGCUGCUGAGGAUCUGCAACCCAGAGGAUGUGGAGUGUCUGCAGUACCAUCUGAGGGCAGCGUAUGGGUAUCGCCCAGCUUCUGCUCCUGCUCCGUCCUAUGCUGCCCUUAAAUGUGACCCCAGGGACCCCUACUGCAUGCCCCCCCUGGUCCAGAAGGCCCCAACUGGCUUCUACCACCUGAUGUACCCCAGCUGUGACCCAUCAGAUCCUCUUUGUGUGUCCAACGUUGUUGCUCCUGCUCCCAUUUCUGAGGAAUCUCCUAAAGAGCAACAUUGCAACCCUCUGUUUGACGCUGACUGCAACCCUCUGUCUGCUGCUAAGCUGUCAGGCCUCACCAAGCCUGUCCUGGAGUACACCCUCAAGGGUGCACCUGCUCCUCCACCUGCUCCUCUGUCCUGUGACCCUCGCUAUGAUCCAUUCUGCAUACUGGCAGUCGCCGCUGCUCUGCGCAAGCCCCCACCACAGAUCCCCGCACACCAGGUCCGCUACAAGCUCGGCAUCCGUGGCAAGACCAGCGAGGGCCACGACUGCUAUGUGCACUAUGACAAAGACUGCACCCCGGUGAAAUCUGGCUACGAGGCCAAGGCUGACAUCAAGGCUCCCGUCAAGCCCUUCUGUCAUCCGUUUGACCCCAACUGCGGUAAAUUUGCUUCACCCUCCGGCAUUGAGGCUUCAAAUACUGGCAAGGGUGGUAUAAUCCUGCCUGACCCCGACUGCGACCCAGAGAUGGACUACAAUUGCCGUCUUCGACGUGCUGAGCCUGCUGCUGAAGAGAAAGCCGCUGACGAGCCUGCUAAGGAAGGACUGUCUGCAGUUCCACGAUUUGAAGACUUCCUCAAGGGCGUCAUGAAUCAGUACAAGUAG